CUCUACGCUCAUGUUACGAGCUCUGUCAUUUGUAUGUGUCGAGAUGCGAACAUACCACACGAUGCUACCUUCGUGCCCUUUGAGUUCUCUCGACGGGUCGUCUGUGGACAGAACAAACUGGACUCAACUCAUUCCACAGCGCAAAAGCUCAUCCGCCAACGAACGCCGCACGCGCCCCAAGAAUCAGUCAAAGCGUAUGAUUCCUACGUAUAUUUAUGGAACAGGAUGUGGUAGUCUCCCCAUUCAUUGGCUGAUUUCCUUAUCGUACGCUCUCUUGGUACCUACUCCAUGUUGACCCAAUCUAUCUAGACUGCAAACAGUACACAUCAAUAGUGAAGUGCUUCAGCAUUGACAUUGCACUGUUUUUCUUGGCUGCGACAGAUUUACGGACAUUUAGUCUUUACGCCUCACCCGUGCAUACAAGCCACAUGGAAACUCUCCAGAAGUAGUGUUAAAUAAAAGCUGGCACGACUUCUUCAUAGUUCCAAAUUCCAACAGGGAAGUGUUGUCCUUACUAGCUUAUAGGAAGGCAUACUCACCACAGUCAUUCGUUUUUCGGUAGUUCGUUCGCUUAUCCAUUCAUUCUUUAUUCGUAGAUUUUUUACUCGCUUUCCCGCAGGUCGAUUUUGCCAAUCAUAGUAUUACGUUCUUUCUCUCUGGAGCAUAAAUCACAAUGAAGGGGAUUCUUUUCUCGGUACUGGUGCUGGGAAUACUGUUCGCAUUGAUCGAGGGUCUAACAUUGCCUGAGUCUCGCAGCUAUGAUGCUCUUAUUGGCAACAACACACCUUUUUCUAGGGUGAGCGACCUCGAAUUGAGGGAUGCAGUUGAAAGACGAGGGAAAGGCGGGGGAGCGAAGAAGACCGGGAAGACAUCUAAGAAAACAACAAAGACAGCGUCCACGAAGGCUCCCAAGGGCACUACCGCGAAAACAUCUAAGGUGUCAACGAAGACUUCCAAGAGCAAAGCGUCAGCUACGUCGAAAGCUUCUUCAAAAACGACAAUUAAAAGCUCGGGGAAGACAUCAGCUCUCACGAAAUCCUCGGUGUCUGCGAAAGCUUCCGCUUCUAUGAAGUCUUCGGCUUCUGCGAAAUCAUCGUCUUCCUUGAAGUCUUCAGCUUCCUUGAAAUCCUCGGCUGGCUCAAGCAGUAGUUCUGCACAAGCAUGCAAGGCUACGUCUGGAUCAAAAUCAUCGAAAGGCGCAAAGCCAUCGCAAGGCGGAAAGUCGCUAGAAGCCAGGGUUGAAUACGAUCCGUGCCGUUCAACGAAAAGAAACAAUGAGAUUAUGAUCAAAAACUACGAGAUCUGUCAAGAGAAAGCUGAACUUAAAGGGGAAACACUGAAGGUUAACAACCUAUACCUCUUUCUUCUGAAGCAAGGAUAUCAUCACGUGGCGGUCAUGGGAAAAGUACUGAAUGUCGAAGGAAAGCUGGGCAUGGAAGCAACUGUACAGCAACUUCUUAAGCCUAUGGAGAAGGAUGAGAAUGGCAAUUUACAAGUAGUCAGACAUGAAGAGGCAGUCUUUUUCUGUGGAGUAAUGUUCGGAGGUCAAUGUACGACAGGAGGUUACAAGAGAGUUGAAUGUGCAAAGAUGAAGGGAGAAUAUGAACUGAUGGGAAAUGCGGAUAUUGAAUACGCUGAUCCAAAACAUUUCAUUCAAAAAGGCAACGAUCUGUUCAUAAAGGCGAAACCUUAUAACGUCCUGACUUGGAAUUGUCAAGUUUUCGCCAAGAAACUGAUCAAUGCGACACAAAUGAAAGACGGCCAGAUCGCCGAGCUAACCGGAGAUCAAGCGAAGCCCAGUGAACGGACACCUCCCAGGCCUAAGAACAGACCUUUUGAGAAUCUACCUGAAUGGGAAGUGGACCAAGACCAGGGACUCCAAGUAAUCAACGAGGCUCCCAGCGAUGCUGAAGAUGAGAUUGGAGUAGCAAUGUUGUAG